CGGAUUUCAGGGUCGUGAUGGCUUCAUCCACCAGAAAAUCUCUCGAGACGCGUCCAACACGGCGUGAGGUCUCCGCAGACUCGUAGAGAGUAUGGUGAGUAGGUCCUGUAGUUGGACCGUGUUAGUCGAUGUGUACCUAGUUGUAGGAUUGGCGCCUUCGCUGACGGAGCCGAUACCCCGCAAAAUGAGAGGUUUUGCGUGCAAUAUGUACCUGUUACUAUCUCUCUCCCCCGCAAUCCCCAGAGUCAGCAACGACAGUUUCUUUCAACCUCUCUCUAUUGGCAAGAUCGGAACAAUAAAGCUACAAUGCCACUCAUUGCGAGGAACCCAAAACCAAGGGUUAUCCUUGGUUUGAUGACCUUUGGGCCCGACCCAUCCGCAGGCGCUCGAAUCACAUCUCUCUCAGAGUACAACGCCUUCCUCGACCAUUUCCAAGCUGCCGGUUAUAAUGAGGUUGAUACGGCUCGCAUAUACGUAGGAGGGAAGCAGGAAGCCUUCACCCGUGAAGCCAAAUGGAAGGAGAGAGGGCUCACGAUUGCUACAAAAGUCUGGCCGCGAGAACCGGGCAUGCAUAAACCUGAUGUUUUAACGGAGACUUUUAAUACGAGUUUGAAGGAGCUUGGAGCAGAUUGCGUUGACAUAUUCUAUUUGCACGCUCCUGAUCGUUCAGUCCCAUUCGCGGAAACGCUCGAAGCAGUCGACAAACUGCAUAAGCAGGGUAAAUUUGUGCAACUAGGUUUGUCCAACUUUGCAGCCUAUGAGGUGGCAGAAAUAGUCAUGACCUGCCAUUAUAAUAAUUGGGUUCGACCUACCAUCUACCAGGGAAUGUAUAAUGCCAUUACGCGCUCCCUCGAUCAGGAACUUAUUCCUGCCUGCAAAAGAUACGGCCUAGAUGUAGUUGUCUACAAUCCGAUUGCUGGGGGUCUCUUCAGUGGCAAAUACAAGAGCAAGGAUGUUAUUCCCCAGGAGGGAAGGUUUAGUGACGUUGCCAAUCGAACGGGUCAAAUGUAUCGAGAGCGAUUCUUCAGAGACUCAACAUUUGAGGCUUUGAAGAUAAUCGAACCCGUUGUUGAGAAGCAUGGCUUGACAAUGGUAGAGACGGCUCUGAGAUGGGUAGUCCACCAUUCCGCAUUGAAUAUCAAGGAUGGAAAUGACGGUGUCAUCAUUGGCUGCAGCAGCAUUCAACAACUUGAUGAUAAUUUGAAGGAUUGUGAAAAGGGACCUCUUCCGGACGAAGUAGUAGAGGCUCUCGACAGAGCGUGGAAGGUGAGCAAGACAGACACGGAAACUUACUGGCGCGGAGAUUUAAAUAAAUACACAUACGAUACAAGGAAGGCAUUGUUUGGCAAAUGAGUAUAUUCGCAGAUACCCUUCGGACCCUUCCAAUUAAAAGUGGAAGUAACAGGUAAUUGAUUCUAUG